UCACCCACCACAUCACAGACCGAACGAAGAGACAAAACUACCCCCAACGAAAACAAACAUCACUCCUCUCAUAAGAGCUAUACAAGAGGCAGAAGAAGGGAAAAAAAAUAUAUUAAACAGAAAACACAAAAGUUGUUUAUCUGGCCCAAAAUGUCUUUCUGCAGCUCACCAGCAUCGCAAAGGUCCUCCUUCUCAAGCACAUAUUCACUAGACUGCACAUCACCAAACACCGCAGUCACUACUCCCAGCAGCAGCGGGGCAGCCUCACCAAAACUCGGACAAUCCUACACAUAUACGCAACCCCCAUCACCAGAUGCUCCCGACUUCAGCUACCCAUACAAUCCCACCUCACCCAUCCCAAUGAACGAAUACCCCCCCUCCUCUGCAUCGCCAUCAUACGCGUACAGCUGCAGUAAUCAGAUACCGAGCCCUUCACCAUUCACAUAUAACGCUACCCCCCCGCCCUUGUCUGCUUCCCCGAGUAGCUACGGAUACCCGGGGUACGCCAGCUACAUGCCGGAAUCCCCACUAUUGCUGCCUUCAUCUUAUGUUCACCACCUGCGGAGUCCCACACCGCUGCCACCCAUGGACAGUAGUAGUAGCGGUAGUAUGAGUGGCAGUGGCGAUACUGCUGCUCCUGCGCCGAGAAAGUAUUCAGGAUACCCACCUGCUUCAGCGUUUUAUGGCCCGAUGCCGAAUUCACCUGUAUGUUCGGCAUCGUCAUCGUCAUCAUCGUCGAGGUACCGAAGGAAGCGCUCGGAGGCAAUAAACCCUGAGGAGUACAAGCCCGAAUCGUGGUAUACAGCAGAUGGAACGAAGGUGGAAUAUUCAGCUAUGCAUCUGCAAUGCGCAACUAUGUGACGAGAUGGGAAGAGAAAAAAUCCGAAACUUUCCGGAUUCUUUCCCUGUAUUCCCUCCAUCUUCCAUAUAUCGAUUUUCUCUGAUUUCCUUUUAUACUUUUAUGCUUUUUUUUUUCCUUUUUCUAAGAGGCCUUUUAUUUGCUCUGGAUGGGCGAGCAUGGAGGAACUUUUGACGACUUAUGGACUCAUGCAUUGACUGGGGAUGCGGAUGGGAGUGGUAACGGUUUCUUCUCACAUUACUGCACAGAAUGGCCGCGAGCCCUUUUCAUCGCUCUAUCUGCUACGACACCUACGGCAUCUGCACCCCCUCCCCUUCAUAUCGUUAUGCUACACAACGUUUCGAUACACUGGAUAAAACAUCAACCCGUGCACACAAGACGCUAACACCUUACUUCGAACGUGCGAAUCAACGGGUCCUUACUUGUUUACUCAUUCAAGUUAAAAGGAGCAGACAGCGGGAGCUUUUUAUCCUAUCCCCUAUGCGUCUCUGUGCAACUGAAAGGAUAAGAGAAGGUUUCUCCUGGGAGGGAUUAGGGUUUCUUGUGGGAUUUAGAACCUCCGCGGAGGCGAGAGAUCUGGCGGAUUGGAAAGCCUUGUCGGGCGGGGGAUGGAACGAUUUAGGUUGAUCAGGCUGGGUUGGGGUUUGGAAGUCACGACGAAGGGCAGGAAUGAUGGGAACAUGGAAGAAAAACAGUGCGAGAGACGAAUCAGCGAGAGGAUAGAAGAUGAGAGGAUGGCACAGCCCCACGAGUUACCCUCCAUGUGCGCCCGAGUACAGUACGGUACUCGAGUACAGCAAUACCUCCAACUCUCCCUGCCAUUUGCUUUGUCACACGGGCCCCCGCUAGAGCAGCCGGUUCAGGAGGUAGGGUCAAUAUCUAUCCACCAGCACCCCAGUCGUUUUCGAGCCUGCAGCACAGCAACGAAAGAGCCAAGCAACAGGCGGAAAACCUCGAAACCUUACCGAUUUCGACAGGAGCCCACUCUUUCCCUCCCAUCCAUCCAACGUUGCGGUACCACCGCCAAGCAGCUCCCCUGCUCGAACUGGUCAUAGCGGGCUGAUUUCGUCAAAAAAAAAAAGGAAAAAAGAAGUCUUAUUCAAGAGGAUUAAUUCUCUCUCCUUCCCUCCUCUUGUGCUUCCCGCCGUUUCAUCACGGGGAAACAGUCAUUUGGGCCACGGAGUCGCCGAUGGUCUAACCGCUUUUGUACAAAUCGACGAAUAGCAAAGCAACCGGUCCAACCUAGCGAAAAAAGGGAAGGCUCUAUUUUUAUCGACAACAACCUUCUUCCGCUGCUUAUCACUUUUUCCUUCCUUUUUUUCACUUUUCUUCACACUUCCUCCAUUCCAAAAAGAACCCCCCUUUCGUAGCUCAUUGGAUCGAAUUGUAUGGGGCGCUUUUUAAUCAUUCCAUCGUAGCCUUUUGCUCUUUCAUGAAACUUCACAUUUCCAGACCUUUUCCUCCCACUCGCUCUCGAUCCGCGGGCAUCUUGCUUUCCCUCCUCCAUUCCCAUCUCCCAUCUCCGCAACUCAAUACCCCUCAUUUCACCAUAUUCAUCUCAACUCACCAUGGCCUUUUUUUCCCUUGUUAUGUUUUUCUUCUUCUUUUCCUCCCUUCUUUCCUUUUUCCCCUUGUUUCCUUUUUUUCCCCGGGGCGUUUAUUAGGCUUCCUAUUCUUCUUCAUUUGUCCAUUUUAUCCCUCCAUCCCCCCUUCCUCCUUCCUCUUCUAUAUUUCUUUGUCCAUUUUUAUUCUUUACUCUGAUACAGCAAACUCUCAUCUCAUUCCCAGCGAGCGAGCCCGAGGGUCUAAUUGUUGUCGCAUGUUUACUCUUAUCUUCUCUCUUCAUCGUAGGUUUUCUAUCACCAUCGUGUUACGGGUUUUAGGUUGCUUCUGGGGGCGUUCGGUGGGUGUCUGUUAUCCUUACUCGCAGUAUUACUCUCCUACCAAAACCGGAUGUUCUUUUUCUGUGUAGAACUUGUGUGACUAUUCUAUUUAACUCUCGAGAUGCGUUCCGGUGUUGUCUUAUGGUGCCAAGGAGUCGGGGGAAAGGGGGGAAAGAGUUCAAAGAGAGGGGCUGUCGAUUAAAAAAGGAAUCAAUAGAAAAAAGCAUGAAAACUACCGUACUGGCGUUUAUAUUGAUUUUCGG